AUUGCUAUUCAAUUAUUUUACAGGUCUUUCGUAAUUAUUUAUUAUGCUGAUCAAUUUUGUGAUAAAUUGAUUUAGUUUGACAUUAAAAUGCUACAAACGAUGUAAAUUAAUCCAUUGGGUUUAUUACUUUAAUUUAAUAGCUGUGUGGUAAUAGUUUACUUAGAAUACCAAUAAUACUAGUAAUGUGAAGGUCGUGUUUUUCCCUCACUUGCUAUAUUCUGUUAUAAUUUCAUAAUUAAUGUCUGCGUUUUUUACUUAAUAAAUAAUACAAUUAUUUAUUAUAAGUAUAACAAGAAUGGAUACUUUCUUUCAUUAAAUAUGAAAAAAAAUAAUUAAAUGUACCUUAAUAACUAUUCUCAGAAUAGACCUGAAGAGUUAGAGGACUAAACAAUGACAAAUUUUGACAAAUUGACACUGCUCAUUUGGAAAAAUUUUCUCCUGCAACGAAGACAUAAAUGGCAAACAUUAUUUGAAAUAGUCUCACCUGUGAUUUUUUCAUUGUUUCUUAUAUUAGUAAGAUGUCUGGUGGAUCCAGUAUCAAAACCAGAUGUCAUAUAUCCACCAUUCAUGCCAACUUAUUUCAAUAUCACUGGACAACGUUUAGGUAAUUUAACAAGUGGUAAAAGAGAUGGUACUCUGGCCUUUUCACCUGAUAACCCCCUGACAAGAAAAGUGACUGAAGAUGCAAUGGCUACAGUGGCCUUGGAUAAUCUUAAUGGAGUCCUUGCAUUUCUCUUUGAUACAAAUAUGCUACCUCAACCUAAAGGAUACAAAAAUGCCCAUGAGAUGGAACAGGCUCUCACUCAACCCGAUGCAAUGAAUCAAAUUCUUGUAGGAAUCCAAUUUGAUGACAAUAUGAUCAAUGCUACAAAGUGGCCUGAUGACAUUGUGGUGGCUUUAAGAUUUCCUGCUGUUAUGAGGACUCCAAUGGUUGAACAUCCCAUUCGAGCCAGCUGGAGGACGAAUCUAUUAUUCCCAUUAUUUCCCAAACCUGGACCCCGAGAUCCGGAUGAUAUAUAUGGCGGCAAAACUCCAGGUUACUCCUAUGAAAUGUUUCUCGCUGUUCAACAUGCUGUAUCUAAAGAAUUAAUAAAGCAGAAAUAUGAAAAGCCGUUUAAGACGAAAGUGUACCUUCAACGCCUACCGCAACUUGCUUAUAGAGAUGAUCAAUUAUUGGUGGCUCUCGAGAGAUUUGUAUCAAUGAUUAUAAUGCUUUGUUUUGCUUACACGUUUGUGAAUACAGUGAGAGUAGUAACAGCAGAAAAGGAAUUACAACUAAAGGAAACAAUGACGAUAAUGGGUUUGCCAUCAUGGUUACAUUGGCUCGCAUGGUUCAUCAAACAAUUUUCAUUUUUAUUUAUAUCAGUUAUACUUAUGGUCAUACUGUUUAAGAUACCGUUCAACUGGACCCAGUCAGGAGAGAGCUAUGCAUUAUUUACUUUUACUCCAUGGUCAGUCCUCUUAUUCUUCAUGUCGUUGUUUGUCGUUGCCUCGCUCACAUUUUGUUUCAUGGUCAGCAUAUUUUUUUCCAAGGCAAAUACUGCCGCAUCAUUCAUGGGAUUAGCAUGGUUCUCUACGUACUCGGUGUUCAUGCUCACUCAAAUGCUAUACGAGGAUAUAACAUUGACUACCAAACUUCUAUUAAGUCUAAUAUCAAACACAGCAAUGGGAUAUGCUUUCCAAUUGAUUAUCAUGUGUGAAGGAACUUCGAAAGGUUUGCAAUGGAGUGACUUCUUCAAUCCGGUUUCUUACCAUGAUCAGUAUAAGCCAGGUCAUGUUGUCCUGAUGCUCAUCUUAGACUCAAUUAUCUACAUGUUAAUUGCUAUGUAUGUGGAGAAAAUACGACCAGGUCUAUACGGUGUGCCACUGCCUUGGUAUUUUCCUUUCACCAAAAACUUUUGGAUGCCCAACAAAAAGAAGGUUGCAGCUAUUACAAAGGAGGGCACUGAUCUGGAGUAUAACGAUGCUUUGUUGAAGGUCGUCCACGACGAGGAACCGAAGGGCGUGCCGAUGGGCGUUGAUAUACAGAAUCUCACUAAAAUAUAUAAAAAAAGAAAAAAAGCUGUCGAUAAUUUGAAUCUCAGAAUGUAUGAAAAUGAAAUCACGGUAUUAUUAGGACAUAACGGUGCCGGAAAAACUACCACCAUAUCUAUGCUUACAGGUAUGGUACCCCCUACGUCUGGUUCAGCGACUAUUAGUGGUUAUAAUAUAGUGACUGAAACAGAACUAGCACGGAAGUCUCUUGGAAUCUGCCCUCAACAUAAUGUUCUCUUCCCGGAUCUUACUGUGGCAGAACAUAUUAUAUUAUAUUCUAGGUUAAAAGGCGUUCCAAAAUUAAAAUUGUAUGAUGAAGUCAAUCAUUUCGUUAAGCUGCUGGAACUUGAACCGAAGAGAGACGUGCUAUCAAAGAAUUUGUCCGGCGGUCAAAAGCGGCGGCUGUCUGUGGGCACUGCUAUGUGUGGUUCGUCGCGCGUAGUUCUACUGGACGAGCCUACUUCCGGCCUCGACCCCGCCGCCCGUCGUGCUCUCUGGGAUUUAUUGCAGAAAGAAAAGAAAGGUCGGACUAUUAUUUUGACAACACAUUUUAUGGACGAAGCGGACGUGUUAGGAGACCGCAUCGCUAUAAUGUCAGGCGGUCAGUUACAAUGCGUCGGCACACCUUACUUUCUCAAGAAACAUUACGGAAUUGGCUAUAAACUCACUAUAGUGAAGGCGAAUGACUGUAAUGUAGACGAGGUCACACAGUUUUUCAAUACAUAUGUGACUGAUAUUAAAGAAAACACUAAUAUAGGUUCUGAAUUAACCUACAUCUUACCGAAUGACUAUGUGAGCAGAUUCCCUGAUAUGCUUAAGGAUUUUGAAGAAAAAAAUGAUGUAUUACGCGUAUCUAGCUAUGGUUUAUCCGUUACCAGCCUUGAAGAAGUCUUUAUGAAGGCCGGAGCCGAGGAUAAUGAUAUAUCUUCCGCCAAAAGAAAUAACUAUACGAAUGGGUAUAGUGAGUUCGUUGUGGUUCCAGAAGAUUGUCAUCAUAACGAUAUACCGGAAACUGAACCUAUCGAGAUGGUGAGAGGAUUCAAAUUACUUAAAAAUCAUAUUAAAGCAAUGUUUCUUAAACUUGCAUAUAAUUCAACGAGGAACAAACUGUCGUCUUUCAUUCAAUUCGUGACGCCUAUAAUUAAUAUAACACUGUCAGUUCUAAUAGCAAGGUCAUGGAAAUUUAUGUCGCAUUUGCCGCCGCUGAAACUUAGUCUAGAGAGUGGGUUUAGAGACACACAAACACUUAUAUCUCAAGGAAUUAACCUGACAGAUAGCAGUCUAGAGGUGAAAGCGAUGAAUGCUUUUAAAGAUUAUUUCAAAACAACAAAUUAUCCUGGCAUGACACUGACUGAUAUAGGCACGAUGAAUUUGGGAAAAUUCUACUUGAAGUUGAGUGAGGAAGAUAUUGCUCGAGUACGCUACGAAGUAUUGGUGGGCGCUACGUUCGGAAAUCAUGGUAUAACAGGGUGGUUCAGCAAUUACGGGUACCAUGACGCAGCCAUUGCACUUACCCUUGUCAACAAUGCCAUUAUGCGAGCAGUUUCUCCAGGCAGUUCGUUGACUUUCGUCAAUUCACCGCUGCCAUAUUCGAUUGAAAAUUUGGUACGAGUAAUGGCCUCUGGAAGUAGUAUGGGAUUUCAGUUCGCUUUCAAUAUUGGAUUCUGUAUGGCUUUCGUCACUUCUUUCAUUGUACUAUUUAUCAUAAAGGAAAGAAUAAGCGGUGCAAAACUUCUACAAAGAGUAUCUGGGGUGCGACCGGCUGUGAUGUGGAUCUCUGCGUUUGUAUGGGACUGGAUAUGGCUAUUCAUGGUCUACUUGUCCAUUGUACUCACACUUGCUUGCUUUCAAGAAAAUACGCUUUCAACACCUGCUGAAUUAGGUAGAGUUAUGUUGGUUCUCAUAAUAUACUCUAUAGCGACGAUACCUUUGCAUUAUCUCGCUUCGUUUUAUUUUGAAGCGGCUGCGAGCGGCUUUUCCAAAAUGUGUUUCAUUAAUAUAUUCAGUGGAUGCAUGCCUUUCUUAAUAACUGAAGUAUUGAGACUACCUGAAGUAGGAAACCCAUAUUAUGCCCAUUUAUUUGAUUGGAUAUUCUCUCCUCUACCUAUCUACUGUAUAAGCAGAAGUUUCAGGGACCUAAGCAUGUCGUCGUUCAUGAUGCUAGCGUGCGAUGGGCUGUGCGAACAGUACGUGAACAUACCAAACUGCACGCGGAAUACUAUUUGCUCCGAACUUCAUAUCGACGUCUGUUGUAUUGAGGACGACCCCUACCUUAAAUGGAGUGAACCCGGUAUAGGGCGAUAUUUGUUUAUAAUGACUCUCGUUGGGGUCAUAUCAUUCACUCUGCUCCUAAUCAAAGAGUAUGAAUUAAUAAAAAAGAUACCAUUCUUGAAAGGAUGCCGAAGGCGAGAGCGCUGGUCUUCUAUCCCUUCAGACGAGGAUAGUGACGUGGUGACCGAGCGGCGCUUAGUUGAAGGGCUGACGAAGUCCGAAAUGUCGCAGUACAGUCUUGUUUCCAAAGAUUUGACUAAGUACUACAAGAAUUUUCUAGCUGUGAACAGACUUACGUUCGCUGUGCAGAAACGUUCAUGUUUCGGCCUGCUGGGCAUCAACGGCGCUGGCAAAACGAGCGCGUUCCGCAUGCUGACGAGCGAUACAACCGUCUCCGCCGGCGUCGCUCACGUUCACGGCCUCUCCAUCACGACGCAGAUACGGGACGUGCAUCGCUGUAUCGGUUAUUGUCCACAAUUCGAUGCUCUAUUAGACAAUUUGACAGCACGAGAGACACUGCGUAUAUUUUGUCUGUUGCGCGGCAUUCCACCCCGUGUGGGUAAUGCAAGGGCUAUACAACUCGCCAAAAGUCUCGGUUUCUUGAAACAUUUUGAUAAAAAGGUACAUGAAUGCAGUGGCGGCACAAAAAGAAAGAUCAGCACAGCUAUUGCUCUCCUUGGUGAUCCCCAGCUGGUAUUUUUGGACGAACCUACCACAGGAAUGGAUCCGGCAUCGAAGCGCCUAGUAUGGUCAUCAAUAAGCGAGGCGGUGGCUUCAGGCCGCAGUGUUGUACUCACCUCUCAUAGUAUGGAGGAGUGCGAGGCAUUGUGUUCACGCCUCACUAUUAUGGUCAACGGUCGCCUCUACUGCCUCGGUCCGUUACAACACCUCAAAAGCAAAUUCUCGCAAGGUUAUACUCUCGUUGUGAAGUGUAAAGCAGGAGCAAACAGAGAGGCCGAUAUACGAAUAAUUAAUCAAUUUAUAAUAGAAAAUUUCAGAGACGCGAAGUUUGUUGAAACAUAUCUCGGCAUCAGUACUUACUAUUUGAACGACGUGGGCUUGCCGUGGUGGCGUGUUUUCCAUGUAAUGGAGGAGGCGCGCAAACAAUUCCCAAUAGAGGACUACUCCGUCUCGCAGACCACGCUCGAACAAGUAUUUCUGAGAUUUACAAGAAUCCAUACCACCAGCGAAUAGCAGACAACCAACGAAUAAUAAACCACUCAACUAGAAAUAUUAAAAAGGUAGUCUAUUAAAGUACUUAAUUUUCUCAAUUGGAAUAAUCAAUUGUUCAGUAUUUUUACACGAAUACUCAAUGUUUAUAUGUU